AUGACUAUAACAUAUACCGAAGAAUUUUCUACACUGCUUUUCCAAUGGAGAGGUUCUGUAUGGAAAGCUGUUCUGAAAGAAUUAAUCCUGUUUUACAUACUUUACUAUAUUAUUAUGAUAUUCCAGUUUUUCUGUCUCGAUGAACAAGGAAGAAUCUAUUUUGCUGGUUAUAUAUCACUUUGUGCAAAGGGAUUGAACUAUAUACCGUUAUCAUUUUUGGUUGGCUUUUUUGUUGCAAUUGUAGUUGCCCGAUGGUGGGAACAGUUCAACUGGAUCAGUUGGCCAGAUAAACUUAUGAUGACAGUUGCAGCCUGUUUUCCGGGCAAAAAAAAUUUGAAUAUUCGGCAAACUCUAGCUAGAUGGUCUAGUCUACAGGCAGCAACUGCCUGGUCUGGCGUAUCUGUAAGGUCGUAUAAACGAUUCCCAACUGAAAAGCAUCUUCUAAACGCCAAAUUGUUUACUGACGAAGAAUAUAAAAUGUAUACGUCGAUUCAAGCGCCACAUGGCAAAUGGUUUAUUCCAACAUUAUGGUCUUUAAACUUAAUCAGUAAUUUAUACAGAAGAAAGAAAGUUGACCCAUUACAGUUCAAAAUGCUCAUCGAUCACAUUUAUUCGUAUCGUGAUGGAUUCUCAAUGCUUUACGUCUAUGACUGGAUAAAGAUUCCGCUAGUUUAUACACAAGCAGUUGCAAUAGCCACUUACGGAUACUUUGGGUUAUGUUUGAUUGCAAGACAACCAAGAACUGAUGAGCACUCACUGAAAGAACAACCUGCACUUCUUUUUCCCAUUUUAACUACCUUUCAAAUAAUAUUUUAUCUUGGUUGGCUCAAAGUUGGUCAAUACCUGAUGAAUCCAUUUGGUGAAGACGAUGACGAUUUUGGUAAACUAAACUACAUUCUCGACCGCAACAGCUACAUUGCCAAAAUGAUGGCAGUUGAAGUCGCCGAUCAAUACCCUCGAAUUGGAAGCAUUGGGAUGACGGAAGAGAUCCCGCACACUAAAGCAUCAUUCAGUAUACCGGACACAAUCCCAAAAUCGUUAUCGGUAGAAGUGCCAAAGGAAGGAAUGAAAAUAGUGAACACAGAACGUUUGUUUAAUGCAAAACACGAAAUUGAGGAAAUACUGGAUGACUCGUAG